AGUUUUCAGAACAGAAAACGUUUUUAUUCAGUGUCUGAAGUGGUUUGGGUAUCCAUGUAAACGUUUUUUGGGAUAUUCAUAUUUAAUGACUAUAUUGAACGCGGGUCUCGUCAAAUAAAUGUAUCGUCAAUCAGAAUCAUGAACACGACGGUGCAAUCACAGACUCUUCAAUUGUUUACGUUUCUUUUUGUGAUAGUGUUUUGGUUUGGAACAACUUCUGCAUAUUUAAAUCCACACAAAGAUCCAAAUAUUUGUGGACGACCAAUAUGUAAUCCUACUAGAAAGUUUAAUUUCACUCGAGACACAAUUUACGAGUACAAAUACACAGUCGAUAUAAAAACAUUGUUUGCUGGAUCGAGUAAAAAUGAAUCAAAACUAUAUAUUACAUCAUUGGCAUCGAUUACAUUUAUCACAGAAUGUGAGGCGGUUUUACGAGUUAGCGACAUAAAAUUAAGCGAAGAACCUGAUGGAUACGAUCGCGAGGAAGAUUUGGAUAUUGAAAGUCCUGAACAUCCACAUUCUAGUCGAUUUGCAAGUGAUAUUGAACAAUAUCAAUUACGAUUUGCAUUUCAUGAUGGUCAGAUAUCAGAAAUUUGUCCAGAAUAUGAUGAAUCGAAUUGGGUGUUGAAUUUUAAACGUGGUUUGUUGUCAAUGUUCCAAAAUACGAUGGAACGUUUUGACAUGGAUCACACGUCUUUGGAAACAGAUAUUAAUGGAGUUUGUAACACAGAUUAUUUAUUAAAUGGAGCGCAAGAAUCCAGUUUGGUUAUUGAUAAAAAGAAGGACAUUAAUUCAUGCCAGAAUCGUUAUAAACAUCAUUCGAUUUUACAAACAGUUCCUUAUCAUUUUCGCUCGGGCUCAAACCAAAUACCUAUCAUGCAAUCAACAAGCGAAUGUACAAUGGUAAUCGACCACUCAAUUUACGUAAACAUAAUAUGUAAUGAACGUCACAUGUUCAAACCGUUCUCAAAUCAAGAAUCUGGAGCCACAACAAUUACACGCCAACAAUUACAAUUACAACGAGAGGGUAUGGUAUCCCCCGAAGAUAUCGACAUGAUUGGAUCAAGGAAAUCAUUGUUAUACGAUCACUUACCAACACCAAAAAUCAGUUCGGGUGAAUUGAAACACUCCAGAAGUAUGCUCAAAGAUAUGUGUACGUACAGCAAAGGCGACAUACAAAUUGAGUUUAGUGAUGUGUUCUCGAAAUUUAUUCAAUACGCACGAUUGUUGCCAUAUUCAACACUGCACUUGUUGUACAGUCGCUCACAUCAAAUUUGUGAAACCGGAAAGAAGCAUAUUUUGGAUGCACUUCCAUUUUUGGGUACAGAUGCGUCUGUUCAAGUCAUGAAGGAUAUAAUUUUAUCCAAAGAAGUUGAUGAAAUCACAGCUAAAGAAUGGUUAUUUUCAUUUGCAUUUAUUCCACGACCAACCCUUACAAUGUUGGAUGCAAUGACCCAACUUUUGCAACAAGAAAAAAUGGAGUUAGUUUUACCGCUGAGUGUUGGUACCAUGGUUCAUAUGUACUGUCGUUGGGCCCCAGAUUGUGAAUAUGAGGAAAUCGUUCGGAAUAUCGUAACAAACAUCGAAGAGAAUAUCCGAAAAAAUUAUAAGAGUCGUUUUAAUGAACGAAUAACACGCGAUAAAUUAUUAAUCAACGUAAAAGGGUUGGGGAAUACUGGACUAAUAUCCGACGAUUUUGAAACAACUUUCAGGUCAAUGAUUAACGAUACCGAUUUACCAAUGGAAAUCCGUGUAGCGGUUGUAAACGCACAUCGUCGACAAGUUUGCAGCGAAAGUCAAGAUUUUUUCAUGAAACUGUAUACAAAUUUCGAUAUGGACACAGAAAUACGUAUUGCCGCAUAUUUACAAGCCAUGAAUUGUCCAAAUUAUGGUUUAUUACAAAAAAUUCGGCACACAUUAAUCGCGGAAGAAGUGAAUCAAGUUGGUAGUUUUGUUUGGACUCAUUUAACAAAUUUAUUGAAAUCAUCGGUACCAAGUCGAGUGGAAAUUCAAGGUCUAUUAUCCGACAAAGAUCUUGGUCGAAAAUUUAGUAGUGAUGUACGAAAAUUUUCCCAUAAUUACGAAGGUUCAUUGUUCUUUGAGGAGUACAACGCGGGUGGAAGUUACGAUAUAAACACAAUUUUCUCACCAAAAUCGUACGUACCCAGACAAUUAUCGCUAAAUCUUACAGCAUGUUUGUUUGGGGAAUCGAUUAAUUUAUUUGAGAUUAAUACACGUCACGAAGGUUUCGAGCAUUACUUGGAAACGUUGUUUGGACCAAAUCGAACAUUUAGUGCAAAAAAUAUUAAAGAGAAAAUAUCGAAAAUACGUUUUACUCGAAGUGUGGAUGAUAAUGAAGUUAUUCAGAAUCAAAUCGCAGCUUUACCGAAUGUUGUCGAAGAUAAUUUUGAUCAGCCACAAGUCACGUUUGGUAUGAAAUUCUUUGGGAAUGAAUUAAUGUAUAAUUCAUUUAUUGGGGAUCGUGAAAUUUAUAUGGGACUCCAAAAAUUGAAUGUGGCCAAUUAUUUGAAACGCAUUUUAUCUGGCAAGGAAAUUUCAUACAAUAAAGCCUUCGUAUUUUUGGAUACAAGUUACAUUGUACCAUCCGGAACAGGUUUACCCGUAACACUUAACGCAGCUGGAACAGCCGCUCUCAACUUAAAAAUGACUGGAAUGUUAAAAACCGAUAAUUUCAUGAAAACCGGUAUUUUGGAUUUGAAAGGACAUUUACGUCCAAGUAUGGCCGUCGAUGUAAUUGGAACAAUGUCCGUAGAUGCUUAUUACGCAAGUACUGGUAUCAAAUUAAAAUCGAAUUUGUAUUCAUCGUACGAUAUCGAAGGUGAUAUUAAAAUUCGAGGACCACAAUUAAUCAGUGUACAAUUUAAGUUGCCACAAAAGAAAACCGAAAUAUUUGGUGCCCAAUCCGAGUUGAUUAUCAUGAAAGGUGAUAAGGAAGAAUAUCAAAAUGAUGUUACCGGAGAUCCACUUAAACAAUCGUUCUGUACAUGGCCAAUUUUGGAUCGUACAAUCGGAUUAAAGAUGUGUACAGAUUUUAAGUUCCCAAAUGUUACGUCUGUACGAAAUCAUUCAUCCAGUUUUCUAUUUCAUGGACCCACAAAAAUUCGAAUGUAUGUCGAGAAAGCAGAUCCAACGGCUGAUGUAUAUUUCCUACAAUAUCGAUGGGAUAGAACACCGAAGCAGCAUUCGAUAAGUUUACACUUCGAUACGCCUGGAUCACGCGUUAAUCGUAUGACAAAUGCUAAUUUUACAUUGAAUUUGGAACACCAAAAUGUUUCGUUUAUUGUGACGUCGAAUAAAGAAAAAUUUUCUGCGUUGGGGCAUUAUAAGAAUACUGAGGAAGAAAAAAGUAUUGAGCUAUCUAUCGAUGUGGAUGGGAUGAAACAUUUUAAUGGUCAUCUUGGAUAUAAAAUUGAGCCGACUACGCACGGAAAUACGUAUUAUCCAAAAUUAUAUCUGGGUGUGAAUGAGGAACGAAUCGUUGAAUUAUCAGGAAGUUUACGCUGGCAAACAAAGAAAAAUGUCUCACAAUGUGAUGUCGAUGUAAAAUUCGAAACGAAAAAAUUAAAAGCACAAAUGUUUGGUUACAUAUCAAGAACCGAAAACUUUAUUGAAGCGAACAUCGAAAUGAAUUAUAAAUUUGACGAGAAAAAAGAAGAAAAUAUUAAAUUACAUUGUAAAUUAAGUCAAGUACGGAAAACGUUAUUUAAAUCGGUUACCGGUGAGCUACGAUUGGAAACAAGUGCAUAUCCACAUUUGAAUUUUAUAUCGGGUCUAAAAUAUCAGAAAGCAUCAGGUCAUAUUGAAUGUAAAAUUGAGAUGAAUAAUGGACCAAAAAUGGACUUAGAAGAAAAUAAACUAACAAUAUUAACCGUAUUCUCAUGCUUUAAAACAAACAAUGGUACGAAAUUAAAUACGUUCUUAGCGAUAACACGUCCAUCGAGUCAAGUCGACGUAAAAUUCCAAGUACAACAUUCUCAAAUGGGUGCGGAUACAAAUACCAGAGUUUUGGUACGGUAUGCCGAGAAAAAAGAAGUCAUUGUAACGUUAUACUUAUCGAUGCCAUAUAAGCCUUUGUUCGAAAUUGAUUUGGCGUUAAAUGUAACGGUUCCGUCGUUUACACCAAUGAUGAUCGAAGUACAAAUCGAUGAGAAACAUAAAUCAGUUUAUGACGUUCAUUUGAAAGGAGUUUGGUUUAGUGGGCAUAUGGCAACAGCCAAAGGACAUUACCAAGAUUGGACAACACCAACAAAAAGUGAACAUAUCGUAAAAUUACGAAUCGAAUCACCGAGUUUUACCGAUGUUUUAGCUGAUGCCCAAUAUUAUCGCGAUAACACUAAUUAUAAAAUUAAUGUCGAGCUACAACAUGAAGCUGAUAUUUAUGCGCUUCAAUUAAAGCAUCAAAUUCUAACAGCCACAGACAUUUUUUCGUAUGCUGCAAUCCAAUACAAACAGCAAAUUUAUUCGGCAUCAAGCACAAUCGAUAUCAAAGAUAAACGUCAAUUAACAUUGGAAUUACAUUUUGAUCAAUUACGUGAUAUUUACCUUCAAUUUAAGAGCGUAAAUCUAGCACAUCAUAAAUUUUUGGGUGGUGAAAUAAAAUGGGACUCAAAUCGUGAUCCCAGUCAAAAAUUGGGUGGUUCCCUGGAGUAUUUCCGAUAUGAUACGUAUAAUACAAGUGGUAACUUCCUAUUUACGUAUCCAGGACGUGCGAUUAAUGGACACUAUGCACUGGCGAUUCAAGAUACACAUGUUCGUAGUUCAGCACGAUUUGCCUGGCAUCCGACUAAAGUGAUUGAUGUUAUACUUAACAGCGAUUUUAAGCAUGAUAAUGAACAAAUUUUGCUGAAAUUACAUUCGGAAUUGCUGACUCCAUUUGUUUCGUGGGAAAAAACAUCGUUUAAUGGCGGGAUCUACCAUCGUGAUAAUUUGUAUCGAAUAAACGGAAGCGUUUAUUGGCGAUACGAUCAAUUUAUUUCGACCGAUUUGUUUACAAACUAUUCAAUCGGUCUGAACACAACUGAGGCAGAAUUUAAAACAUCGUUGCACAGUACGAUUCACGAUAUACCAUCAAUCGCAUGUAACCUCAAACAUUACCAGGAUAAUACGAAAUUGGAUCAAAAGAUUUAUUUAAUGUACAAUCCAAAUCAAAUAAUUGUACUAAAUAGUACAUGGAUCGUGGAAAAAGAGGUAGAAAAGGAUAAUUUCCUAGGAACAAUAUCCUUAUCAACACCAUUUGAUGGCUAUAAACGUGGUAUCCUACAAAGUAAAAUCAGUUUUACGGCUCAUCGUAAUAUCCAAGGAUACGCUAGUUUGGAUUUAGAUAAUCGUCAUUAUACGGCAACUUGUGAAGGUCAUCUAACGAAAUUAACACAUAAUUUAUUCGUGUUUAAUGUAACCACACCGAUGCCGAAGUAUAAGACAAUUCGAGGACGUUUUGGAAUAAAUGAAGAGGAACGUCAUUUAGAAGCAGUGAUUAAAUAUCCGGUUGGAGGUGUUGGAAUUGAGAUACUGUUCAAAGUGCAUAGUUUAUCCCAUUUUGAUAUAUUGUUGGAUCUUGGAACACCGUUAGAUUUUCUUACAAAAUUAUUGUUGAUUGCAAAACUUCAAGACGAUGCUCUUGAUUUCCGAGUUGGAUGGAACAAAUUGUUGGUAGGAUUUGCUGGCGUUUGGCGUUAUGAUGCAGUUGCAGACUUUGAGUAUGUUUAUAAACUUUACACUCCAAUUGAAGGUGUCGAAGAAAAUGGAAUUGUGGCUCGAUUUAUUUACGAUAAAGGAAUCGAUUCAGAAAUGUCAAUUCAACUGGCAAACACACGAUUAGGUUUCACGGUACUUGGUCAACCAAAACCAAAAAUCCUACAAGGUUUAGGAAUGAAACCAGCUAGUCCGAUCUUAUUAGAACCACGUCCACGAUACCGUGUUAUCGAUAGUGACGAAGAAGAAGAUGUCGGUGAUAAUUCCGAACCAGAGGAUGUUGACGAUGGACUAAGUUGGGCGGCUCAAGUCGAAGUAGAUAUCGCAAUUUAUCCAACAAUUAAAGGUGUUUUCGAUAUCGACGAAGUCGGUCCUUUGUACACGUUAAUCGCGACAAUAUCAUUACCUGAUGGUAACAUAGAUAUUCGGGACGAAUUUAACAUGGAAGAUGUGUUCACGAUGAACAAUCGAUUGUUGAUAACAACACCGUUUAUUAAUUAUAAUCGAAUUACUUCGAAAUACGAUUUUGAAAUCGCUAUUGGUCAAAAUUAUUUAGUUGGUAUGGACUUUAAUUAUAAGAAUGAUACCGAAUGGGUUAGUAUUGGGUACGAGGUCAACUAUAAUUUGGCGUUACGGGACGAUGAGGAGUUGGAAGUGCAUACAGCUCGAGCACACUUGCAUACUCCAUUUAUAAGUUUACCACGUUUGGAUGUUGAAGGUCGAUUGGAGAUUGAUGAGAACCAUUAUCGUGGUAAUGCCAGUUUGGAGACGAAUACAACUCAGAUUGACUUAACAGGAACGCUUGAGAAAGAUGAAGGUUUCCUAGACUCAAAUAUACGAGUAACAAUGACGUCACCAUUCUUAGUUAUUGAACCAACAAUUUUAAUAUUCAAAAAAGAUUAUUCUGAAGUGGAAAACUCCGUUGAAUUUGGAUUGGAAAAAGUUGCAUAUCCUGAUUAUCCAUUUAGAGUGGAAUUAAUGUGGCAAACACCCACAAAAGAUAAACUAAUCACUGCGAAACUACGAAUUCUAACACCUUCAGUUGUUUUACAUAAUUUCGAAGUAUCAUCAAUUAUUGAACGGGAUCUUCAAGAACAAUCUGCGUUUGCAAAAUUACGAUUUGAAGUGAAUGAUAAAGCUUUGGAAGUUAAUGGAACGUUAAAAGAUAAUGUUAUUCGAUCCGAAAUAUCAACAUUUAUCGAACCGUAUAAAUCGGUGUCCCUAGUUUUAAAUCAACGUCCUGAUUUAGAAAAGCCAGGAUAUUACAAUUUAGAAGGACAAAUGAUUGUUAAAAAGAAUAUUAUUGAAGUUGGGGGGGUUUAUGUGCUGCAAAAAAAUAUGUUAGCAUACUUUAAGAUCGAAUCGAAAAAUGGCGUAAGUUUGGUUUAUAGAAUCACUCCACAAACUGAUGGAUUCCAGUGUUACAUAAGUAUGAACGAUCCCAACACAAAAAUGGACUUUAAAGUGAUAUCACGAGUGGAAUUUAUCCAUAAAUUGGAUUGGUUUUUCAAAUUAGAGACGGAAUCGUCAAAUCCAAAAUGGAAUCAACUGGGACUAGAAACUGAAAUACGUUCCCCACAACCGCACAACAUAACCGUAAACAUGAACACCCACACUCAAUUACCGGGUUUGGAAACUAUCCAUGCCGAUUUUAACUUGCUAUUUUUACCAAAUCAUGCUGGUGUUGGCGUCUUCAACUACGAUAUCGAGAAAUAUAAAGGUACUUUGCAAGGUCAUUGGAAUUGGAUGAUUAUGGAAAAUAUGCAAUUUAAAUUACUCGCCGAUUAUAAAAUGCCAAAUAUGGAUAAAAAUUAUGAAACGCAUAUUUUUUAUAUUAAUCCGGAGCAUAAUUUAAGUAAUUUAACGGUGGGAGGUGAAUUUAAUGUCGAUAAACAUGAAUGGACAAUUGGUUCAAAUAUAACAUUUAUUUUGGGAUCUUCGAAUGAUCUUGACGGUGAAUUUAAUUUAAAACUACCCAAACCGAAUCCAGAAGUUCAUACAAUCCGUGGGGAAUAUCAUAAAUUUGAUGAUUUGAAAGUACAAAAUUUACGAGGUCUUUUACGAUACACAACACUUAACUCAUUAUUUAAAUAUGCAAUUUCCGGUGCGCUCAACAAUAAUGAGCGUAAAAAUGUAACAGGUGGUUUAAAAAUUGAAUGGGGUCCGAAAGCUUAUCAAUAUAUUGAUAAUAAUUUGAAAUUAUUCUUAUCAGAUGUCGGAUUAUAUAAUUAUCGAUACGAUCUUUUCACACCCAAAUACUUGAAGGAAAAUACAUUCACUACUUUUGGUACUUACGGUCGAUUCGAUAAAUAUCAUAAUGUCACAUUAAAUGUACGUCAACCAGAAAGUGUCGAAAUAUUCGCUACCCAAGUUGAUUACCAAUCAUUUUCCAAUAUGAAUGGUACCGUAAAUGCAACGACGCCAUUUAUAACGUUCCCAUAUAUUGGAGCUCAUUUCGAUGCCAAAGCCACAUCAUUCUACACGAAACGAUAUGUUGAAGCAUUCUGGCCAAAUAAUACAGCUAUUUUUGAUUCUAUUUACAAUUAUAUAUUUUCGAAAAAUAAUCGCGGAGGUAAAGGAAAACUCCAGAUUGAAGUACCUUUAACGACACGACAUUAUUUAACAUCGAAUUAUGGAUAUAAUGAAAAACCCAAUCACAAAGAUGGUUACGCCACAAUGGAUUACAACAACGUAAAUAUUGUAGAUGGAAAAUAUAAUUGUGAAUCGGAGUUACGAGCUGGUUUCCAAAAGGAUAUUAUUAAUUUGGAAGUGGAAAAUAAAUUACAGCCAAUUGGUAUCAACUAUGUCCAUCAAAUUGAUACGGAAGCGGCAAUCGAUGGUUUCGUACCAACAGUGGACUUCAAACGUGCUGAAAUAUUUAAGUUACAUAAUAAGACAACAUUUAACAUAACUAGUGAAUUUUCGGUUCAAUCAACACUCACCGGUGAAAAGUAUCGGUUAAUGGCACAUCAUAUGAAUCGUACGGUUGUUUUAACCACCGAUUAUGAUAUUUUGGAUCAACAAUUCUUGAAUAAGGCUCGCUUGGAUUUGGCACCAGAAAUUUGGUUUGCCUAUGAUUUGAAUUUACUUAACAAGACAUAUGAUUUAAACAGUGAAUCUCAACAAAUUGAACUCGAAUUAGCAUACCCGAGACGAAAUGUCACCGUACUUGGAUCAUACAAUGUUUCGAGUAAAAGUUUAGCCUCAGAUUUAUCACUGACAUGGGAUAAAUGGACCCAAUUAAAAACUGUUGAGGCUGCAUUAGAUUGGACAAAAGUUUCCUCUUAUCCAAAUCAUCAUCAAGCAAUGUUCGAAUUAAGACAUCCAUCAUUCGAAAAGAAUGUAACAUUUUUGGGUGAAUACAAAAGUGAUAAGACCAAUGUUGCCGAUGUCAAAUUAGAAGUUGAGUAUGCGCAAGAUCCAGAACAUAAAGUUGAAAUUGGCGCAAAUAUACAAGAUCAUUGUGUGGGUGAAUUACGGAACUAUACGUUUGGUAUAUUUGGAUCACAUCCAGCCACAAGAUUGGAAUUAAUGAUGAAAGGCGGAUUGGACUAUCGUACGAAAUUUUAUCAUACGUUUAAUGAAGCUGCGUAUAAACGCACGUAUUUACCGUUACAAUCUGGUGAAAGUUCUGCUACUGUCAAUGUUCGAGAAAAUGAAAUUGAGCUUAAGAAAGCCACCCAACGUGAUUUAACAUAUUUCUGGAUUAAAGGAGCCAGCUCUUAUCCCGUAUAUACCGUUAAUUCUACUCUUGUUUAUGGUCAAGAUACAGAUGGCAGAGCUGAAUUCUAUCUAAAUUUAAAAGAUAAAAUAAUCAGUUUAGAAGGAAAUCGAACGCCUGAUGCAACCGAAAGUAUACACAUGUUGGGUAAAAUACCAAACGCUCGCGGAGCAAUAUUCGAUUUCUAUCGUGAUUACGAUGAUAUACGAAUAUAUGACGUCACCUAUUAUUUACAAUUGAAUCAUUCACGAUUAAUUACAUCACGAUUAUUAUGGCGACCAGAAAUUAAGAAAGAUUUAAAAGAUAGUUUCAAACAAGCAUCCCAAAGUUUGUACGACAUGGCUAUCGAGAAUAUAGAAUAUUGGAAAUCGUAUAUUCGAUCUGAAACUGGUGAUGCUGUAUCAGAUAUUUGGGCAGAUGCUAAACCUUUAAUGCAAGGAUUCCUGGAUGACAUGAAUGAUUUGAAUGUUUUGGAAGAAGAUUUGGCGAAAUUCAAAUUAUUCUUAAACGAAUCUUACAACAACAAUGAAUUUUACAUUCAAGAUGCCGUCCAUUUUACAACAUACUUAAUUGAUGAAUUAGCCAUACGAGAUCACAUCGAAUCCGUGCCAGAAAUCGUUAACGAAAUAUGGGAAAUUAUGGGUGAAUCUGGUAAAGCAUUACGGAAAUCAUUACAAUGGCUUGUGGCAACAAUUAAGGAAUCGUACGCGAAAUUGGUACAAUUUAUCAAUGGGCUAAUGCACGGGGAAGCUUUAGAUCAAAUUUCCAACAUGAUGGAAUAUUUCAUAAAAAAAUAUGAUAAAUUUAUCAAAGAUUUGCAUGUAAUGUUUAUCAGUUAUGUAGAAAAGUUAUGGACGGAUACUUCUGUCAUGUUGAUCAAUCAUUGGAAUCGUAUGUUGGCAGCCAUUGAGCCAACAUUCUUGAAAUUUAUACAUUAUGGUGAAACGGUUAUUUGGAAUGCCAGUAAAGAAUUUUUAGAUUUCCUGUACAAACGUAAACAUGAAAUUGAAGAAUCACCAUAUUUUAUGCAUUUCGCAAACUUUACGCAAGAUAUUGAUCGAUUUUAUAAAGAUAUGAUCCAUAACAGUGUCAUAUCGAAUAUACGAAAAUAUUCGAAAAUUGUCUGGCAAUUUAUCAAAGAUAAAUAUUUCUCAAUGAUACCGUUUGGUAAAGAAUUAUCGAAAGUUUUCAAUGAAAUCGUUACGGAAUUACAAGAAUUAAAGAAAUUACCAUCGUUGCAAUUUUUAAUUACGAAAUAUGAUGAAAUGUAUGAUAAGUUGGUCUGGUUCUACGAGUACAUGAAAAUUGGAGAUCUGGUUCAGAAAGUUAUCACUGUUUUACAUAUGAAAAUCACGGAAAUUACACAAACUGCUUUGGAUCAAGAAAAUAGAUAUCGUGAAGCAAAAACGAAGUUUAUAUUCAAUCCAGAAACUGGUAUUAUGGAAUUAGAACAAAAAUUACCAAUGUCAUGGCAUGCAUUUAAUGAAACACCCAAAUUUAUGGAAAUACCAGAAAUUCGUGCUAUAAACGAUGCCCAAAAUUAUUUAGUUAUGUCCAAUAAGAGUUUCUGGAUGUUAUACUAUCAAUAUAAACCGUACACGGAACCACAUACUUGGGUACCACCGUUUGAUAGUUAUGCAAUGGUUGUUGGACCACAACAUUUUGUAACAUUUGAUGGGCAACAUUAUGAUUUUAGUGGAUCCUGUUCAUAUUUGUUGGCAAACGAUUUUAUGGAUAGUAACUUUUCGAUGAUCAUUAAUUAUAUCGUUAAGGAUAAAAUUGUUAAGCAUAAAAUUGAUCUUUUGAUUGAUGAUGUAUUGAUUGAGGUCGACUUAUUUGCAGAUAACGUUAAAUUAUUGAAGAAAGGUGUCAACACAAAAUUACCUUUACAAUUAGACAAAGCAUAUAUUUAUCGCGAAGCAGACACGAUAAUGAUCGAAAGCUUAAAGGGCUUCACAUUAAAAUGUAACUUAAAAUUCGAUAUAUGUAAAUUCCAUGUAUCCGGUUGGUAUUUUGGUAAGACAGCAGGUCUUUGGGGUACCAUGAACAACGAACCGCGCGACGAUCACUUAGCAUCAACGAAACGAAUCAACAAUAAUAUUGGACGAUUCGCUCAAAGUUGGUCAUUACAACCGAAAAAAUGCCGUUCAACAAAUAAUCAAGCGAAAAUUGCUACGGAACCAUUAAAUGAGAAUUUAACAGAACUUUGUGAGGCGUUUUUCAGGAGUAAAGUUUCACCAUUGAACACGUGUUUCCCAAUUGUGAAUGCGUUACCGUACUAUAAUUUGUGUAUGAAUUAUCCAAAUGGGGAUAACCGGACAUCAUGUACCGCGGCUGUCGCUUAUAUGGAGGCUUGUAAAUUGGAAAAUACUCCGCUUAGAAUACCAGAUGUUUGUGUACAAUGUCAAUUAAUAAAUGGUACAGAAGUUCCCGAAGGUCAAUUUUUGAACUUAGAUGCUGAAAGUGUACCAAAAUCAGCUGAUAUUGUUUUCAUUGUGGAGGCAAAAGAAUGCAAUGCAAAUAUUUCAACAAAACGGAACAUCAAUCAAGUUGUAUCGUUAAUCCAAAAAGAGUUGACCGAUUUGAAAUUAGCAAAUAAUCGAUACGCUUUAGUUGUGUUCGGUGGUCCUGGAAUUUAUAGUGAGCCACGAAGUAUCAUUGUCAACAAUCAAAUAUUUACAACACCGCAAGUGAUACCACAUUACUUCGAGAACAUACCAACCGGUAAUGGAAGUUCGGAUAUAUUCCAUGCAAUUAGUUUUGCCAAAGAGUUGAUAUUCCGACCUGGUGUUUCGAAAACAAUGAUUUUGUUACCGUGUACAGAUUGUCAAGCAGAUAAUAUGAAACUCGAUUACCCAGUCUUACAUCAAUUAUUACGAGAAAAUGAUAUCACUUUACAUAUUCUAAUGAACAAUGAUUUUGUUUUCCCGAAAUCACGUAUCAACAAAAUAUUCUACGGAAUUGAUAGUAAUACAGCGUAUACGAAGAAAGAUGUCAAAGAGUUGAAGGGAGACGCAGGUUUACGCCGACAAGUGAAAUUACCUAAAGCAGAUUUAGGAUUCUGUACACCUUUAGCAUUGGAAACAAAUGGGUCAGUAUUUACUGCAACAAAAUUACAGAAUGAUAAACGUGGAGCAAUUAAAAAAUUCGCAACAGUAUUUGCAAAACGUGUUGCACAAUCAGCAAUUCCAAAUAGUUGUCAAACAUGUGAAUGUACGGCAAACAGUGAUGGUACAUCUUACAUGGAAUGUUUACCAUGCGAGUAUCCAACGGCAUUAUCUAUUGAUUAUGGAUUCAAUGAAGAUGAUUCAUUCUUAUCGUACUUCCAAUCAACAACGGAUUUCGAGGAUGACAGCGAAGAGUUUGAAGAUUAGAUCUUACAUCGUAUUAUAUUUUUAAUAUUUAGGGUAUGUCUUCAUUGCCAGCGUCAGUAUAAUAUAUUUAAUUUAAUUAAGUUGAGACUCAAAUUUCUAAAUAAGUUGAGUUUUAUCUUAUCUUAAUUAGAAAAUAAAUUGCCGAUGCU